AUGAAACAUUUUUUGCAGGCGAAAUUAUAUCAACGGGCGCUGCUUCUUUCCAAAGAAGUAACUGUCUGUUUGGGAAAUACAAAAACCAUUUUAAAAGCUAUCCAACCUGAAAGAACUCGGCAACUCGCCGGAUAAGGGCGACGCCCUCGGCCCAGAUCCGUUGGGUUUGUUCAUAGCCUUUUUGUAAUUAGCGAUAAUGGGGAAUUUAAGAUAUACCGGGCGAAGGCGUUCAGGAGAAGUCGGAAGAUAUAGAUUUAGAGUCAGAGUUUCUCGAGGAUAGUACUAGGAAACGUUGCUCAAGUUUAGCUUUACCUUUCGAGCCGUUAAAGGUUUGAUCGUAUAAUAGGUUCGCGAUUUUCAUUGUUUCCAGCGUGUGAGGAUGGAUUCUGGCGACUGGAAAUUGCAUCAGAUUGAACCGUCCAGCAGCUGCAUGAACAUUUCCAGGGAAUAUCAACAGAAUGUGGAUACGUUGACAGGGAUGGGGUAGGCAGUUUUGAGGAUUUUAUUGAAGUGUGGUUUUUUUUUGACCGAUUAAUCUUUUCAAAAUGAAGCAGUUCAUGAGUUAUGGUGGUGUUGAUCGUAACAGUUUCAUAUUAUUGAAGGUCGAGGCUCAUCAUUCAUUUAUAAGAUUGAAGAUUCCUGCUUUUCUUUUUCUCAAUUUCGCAUUGUUGAAGGUUCAACGAAGCCGAGUGUCACGAAGCCCUGAGAAUGUCCAGUAAUGAUUUGGAGAAAUCUCUCUCGUUUCUCACUCGCGAAGUAUCGGGCUUGGAUAGUGUCAUGAGCUCUACUUCUAGUCGACGCCAUCAAGGUUUUUAUGCGACUCAAUCAGCUUCCACUCUUUCUUUACUUACACUGAACAGAAAAGAGUUAUAAAUUCUAGGGUUCGCUCUGAGUAGAUACGUGGAAAGUGACGAAGAAGAGCUUGAUGAGGACAACUACACAUGGCGACUAGAAGACGAAAUCCGUGUCAAGUGCGUCAUAGACACUUAUGAUCGUUACAUCUUCUACAGAAAACACGGCUCAUUUGCCCGUUGUCUUGAGGUUGAGUCCUUCUCCAGUAUCUUCAGCAGCCGUUGUUUUUCAGGCUUGUUAUAAGAUCUUGAGUCGUGGAGAAAAAGACGUUGACCUUUGUUUGAACUUCAUCGACGAAGUUAUGAAUUCUGCCAUGACAAGACAUGUCAAUCCACCGGAGGUAUUGAGAUUCUUUAAUUUUCGCUUUAUCUUGAAAUCGUUUAAGGGAGUUUUCAUUGGACCACUGGAGAUCGGUCUAAUCAAAGAACUGUAUCGAGCAACGAUUCCCGUUCUAGCUCUACGGUUAGUUUUUUUCUCUGCGAAAUGAAAUCGGAAUUGUUUGCCACCAUUGGAGCGAUAGUUUUUUUUUAAAUCAGUAGAUUCGUCUGUAUUCUAACUUCGCUCAGCGACUGCUUCUUUUUGAGUUGUUAUUUUCGAAAUAUCGGAAUUUUCAGAAAAAAAAAGUCGUGAAGUAUGACCGAAUUUUCUUGUUUCGGAAGGUCCAAUAAAACGAUCUUUCCUUGCAGACUUCGGUUUUCGCCGAUGAAUAUCAAAGUCGUUCUUUGUCUGGAAGAGAUUCUCAAUCAGCAUAACAGGUUCCUCACGAGUUGUCGAGCGAUGGAUGAUGAGCUCUCGUGAGUUCAAGCUUCUCAAUCGCAUAAAAACCAAAGAAAAAAUUCUCAGAAAGAUAGGGCAAAGUACAGUAACUCAAGUGGAAAAGCCGCUUUGGUGCGACUCGACAUUCGUUGAAAUACCGGAACCCAAUUUGUUUUUCGUGGUAACUACCGUUAUUGAAUUUUUCCUAUUAAUUGGUACAAUAAUUAGGAAAUUGUGGACGACUUCAUUCAGAACGUCAUCCCAUCCAUCGAUUUGAAGCUUGAAAAUCCCAGCGCUAACGUCGUUGUAAGUAUUUCGAAAGGAUUUUCAGAAAAUAAGAAAAUGUGAUUUAUUAUAUUCCGACCUGGUGGUAUGAAAAUAAGACGAAAAUUCAAACGGCAACUUUUCCGAUUUUUUCAUACUGCUUGGGAACUUUCCGACGAAUCUUUUUCCGACUUUUUUUCUCGAUAAACUCUACGUUUUAAAUCUUCAUAUAUAAUGUAGGCAAGUUAUUCAUGAUUAAAACACAAAGAAAUAGAAAAAAAAAAGUUAAUAGAUGUUUUAUAAACCGAAAAGUACAAGGGAAGAAAGUAGGAAAGGGAUUCGUCGGAAAGUUUUCUAGCGAAACGAAAAAAUCGGAAAAGUCGUCGUUCGAAAAUUUUCUGGUUUGUUUUUCAUACCACCUCCGACCUAUGUACACCUUUCGAACGGCUCUGCGCUUUUAAGCAAUCACUUUAGGGGUUUGAGCGCUUUUUUUGGUGUUUACAUCAAAUAUCAGAACACCACCAAUAUAUUUAUCUAUAUCUAGUCGAUUCCAUCUGACUAAAACAACAAAUCAAUAUUAAUGAUUGAUGAUGAUAAAAAAAUUCUGAGUUUUUUUAACAGUCUAUCUAUUUCUAAACGAUAAUUUCUUUUUGUUUCAGGAUAUAAUCUAUCUUCUCCGCACGUUUGCCAUAACCAGUGCCUUUGUCGACAAAGAAAACAACGAACUUUUAAAGAAAGUCGACUCUUGGAUUAGCUUCUCUUUGGAGAUCUUGCUGUCCUUGAACGAAAAAAGCAUCAGAGACUCAGUUAUUUCUUAAUGUCUCAUGCAUUUUUACCCAAGUUAAUUUUUCAGAGCUUAAGACACACUGUUUUGGAAGUUUUUUGCGAGCUGACGAAACUUGGUGAACUUUUCAAAAUCGACGUGAACGAUGCGAUUGCGGUAAUUGAGAUGAGAGUGAAUAUAUGAUUUUUUUUCUCGAUUUCCAGAGUUCGCGUAUGGAAUUUCUCAAGAAAUGCAUUAAAUGCUCUCAAAUGGAAUGCGCCCUAUUCGCGAUGGAGGAGGUGAUCUAGUAUAUUUCUUUUUUUGCUUUUCGAAAGUUUAAUGGUACUUCGAUACAUGCGAUCGUUCUGUUUUUGUGAGCGCAAAAAAUAAUUAAUUGAAUUCUUUUAAAGUUGGGUUCUUUGGCUGAUAGCUUCUCGAAGCCCUUCGUUCGUGCGCGAUUUGUUGUACCAGAGGCUAAACUGAAAGGUUGGCUCCAAGAAAACAACGUCCUGCAGAUCGGUUGGAUCAUCAAAAUAUAAUACUUCUGCAAUUUGUUGUCCUUUUUCAGUCCUUACCGGAAACAUGGAUAAUAUAAUUUACGUGGACAAAAUCAGGCCCAUCUUGCACUACAUGACGUCUGAAUUGACGGCAGACGACCUCAGUUUGUGAAUCAUAUGCUUCAAAACCGUAAAUGGUCGUCCAGAGUUCGUGUGGUCCCUCCGUAAAGGCCGCUUGGGCGUCAGUGUCGACAAUUUCAACAAAAUCAUGGAGUUGAUCGCGAAAGGAUUGAAUAUUCAGCAGAUUGAAUGGAUGAGCGAACUAUUCCAAAAAGUUCACAAUCUCAUAUAAUAAAUAAAGGGAAAAGUUUCUAGAGUUUUCGAAACAAGGAGGUCCGAUUAUUUGAAUCGAUUUUUGCCUACUGUCACUUGAUGGCACAGUCGACCAAAUCAGAAGAAAUCAAGCAGAAGGUUAGUUUUUUGUUAUUAUUUAAGUGGUAAAAGAAGACAGAAGUUUCGCUAAAAUGAAAGUAGGGCAGCAAAAUCAGAAUUUUUCAAGUUAAAGCAAAUAAUAGAAAAUCUAACCACAAUUAAAUGUAUUUAACAUCUUCACAGAAUCGAUAAAACUGAAAGGACCAUUUGCAAAUGGCAAAAAUAAAGCAGUGUGUUAUCGUGACUGGACUACGUACGUGUUUUUCUUUGCAGCUGUCAGAAGUGCUAAUGCAACUUUUGACAAUCGCCCACUGUCCGCCCCAGGUCACGCCAUUCAAAUCUCUUGAAAUGGGCAUUAAAAAGCAUAUCGACAUCAUCAACAUGCUCGGUGACAAAUCUGGUCGCGAUAGAGUUCUCAAGCAGUUUGUGGAUAAAAUCAAAAGCGAAGUGACCUAUUUUCGGAAACCUUCAUUUUUUUUUUGAUUUUCCGCAGGACUUCAACAUCUUCGACUUGAUCUAUCUUUACAACUUGCUCGACAAAAUCAAGCGUAUGUUCACGUCAACCCGACGUUGCGGUGAGAUUUUAUUCUCAUUGUUUUUUGUUCAAACUCGAGUCAUCUGGUUCAAAGGAACAUUUUGUAGAAGUCCUAGAUCUAUAUGACCUCUUUUUGAAAAGAAAAACUGUUUUGUUCUGGUUUUAAGGCUAGUUCCUAUGAUGACCGCGAGUGAAUUGUGCAUAAAUCAAUAUUGGAAGCUCGAAUUCUCGAAAAUUUGUAUCCUGGAAAACACUUUUUAGAAAUAUUCGAUUUUUUUUUGUUUUUUUGAGUUUGCCAAUUGUUUUUGUAGACAGGAGUUGAUUCAGAAAGCAUACAGAAACGAUAAAAAAAUAAGAUGGACAUUCAGCAAAUCUUUGACGACGUGUAUGCGAUAAAGGCACGUUUUUUUGAUAGAAAACGAGUUGAAAAAAACUAUACAGUAAAAACAACAGAGAAAAAAAAAUAAACAGAAAAAUAAAAAAAAGAGAUGGAUAUCUUUAAGAAUCGUUUUUCAAGAUUCGAAUUUUCAAAGAUUGGAGCCCCCAAGAACGUUGUAUGCACAAUUCACGCUCAAGAAUUUUCGCGCACCCGAAAUUCCUUUCUACCAUCAUUCCUAUGAACUUACCAAUUUUAAUUUAAAAAAAAGAUCAUUAUCCUUUUCCAAAAAAAAAACUUUUUUUUUCGUGUUAUGUGUUCAAUAGGAAUUCGCUUCAUAUUCCUCUGAUUAAAUCAACUAAGAAAGCACUUUUGGACUUUUCAGUGUCGUAUGACAAUGUGGCGCUACUGGAAUCGAUCCGAUCGCUGUUAAGAAACUUCGAAAUUUUCGAAAAGCUUGUCGACCGCCUCAUCGCCUUCCGCGAAAGAACUCAUCAGUCUUUUCAAGAUGCCCUGGGAACUUUGAACGGUACUGUGAAUAUGGAUUAUCGGAUGAAAACUUUUUUUUAUUCAGUGGGAAACUACAACUACCAGUUCUCUGUGAUAGAUUUCCAAGCAGAUGGAAGUGCGACCUAUGGUUUUGUACUCGACAACUACCUGCGUCUUCUUCGGUGGAUCGUGGACAACGAUGUUGAAAGAAGCAUUCAUGCAUGAUUAAUCUUAAGCCAUUGUUUUCAGAUCGCCACACUCUCCGUCGAAAGAAUCUCUAGAAUGUGGGAAGUUCUAGUCCUCAGCGACAACAGCACGCCCAAAGAGAAAUCAGUGCGCGACUUGGCCUUUGUUCUGUCCAUCAGCGUCUUUUAGAAACUAUUUCGGUGGCUUUCGGACUUCAAACCGAAGUUCCUCCCGAAGUCUUCGGCUCGAGAAGUGCUCAAUCUUUUCUGCUCUCUUUCGCCCUUCACUCUGGAGAUUGAUGGUUUUUGUUAAGCGAAAACUCAAAAAAAAAAAGAUUUUGGAUAGGUCUUCGUUGCUUCACGCUCUACCUGGACACUUUGCCUGUUUUGACGAACGAAGACAUCGUUGUCGAGGACGCCACGGCCAUUGUCAGUUCGGAAUCAUCGCUGCUCUAAUGGCAAACGAAUUUAGCUUAUGAAGAACUGCUACCUUUUCUUCUGGAAGUUGGCUUUGUUCAACGAAUUCGACCAGGUGGUCGACAAGGUCAUGAUCACUUUUUCCGACAGAGGUGUGUGCAAACGAGAGAACCGGUCCUUCAAUAGUUUUUCAGAAAUCGUCAACGUCGAUUCGCCGAUCUUGCUCAAGGAGAACAUCCUUCGCGUGCUUUCAGUGUUUAUAAUGUACAUGGAGAAACUCAAACGGUAGCUAUCAAUAUUUUACCCUUUUCAUCUUUUUUUUUUAUUCAGGGAGAUUUUUCAAAGAAACGGAUUAGAAGAACGGGUAAUCGGCCAUAGUUCAGAGCAUGUUUUAAGGUGAGACCAUGAGUUCAUCAGGAAAAUUCUCUUAAAAUUAGAAUGUUUAUCAACUUCUUUAAGCAAUUUCAAUAUUUUUCUCCUAUUCUAAGUCAAUAUUUGGAGGAUCGAGACUCACAUGGCAAUUUAAGGCAAAAAUUUGUCAAAACUAAUCCGAAAUGUCACUAAGAAUAACUGCCGAGAUAAACGCGAGGUUGGGGGCGGUACAUUGGCUUUAUCUUGCAUUUCGAAAAUUUCCGAAUUGCAAGACGCGCCGAGAAAAAUGCGAGAUCGCGCCUAGAAAAAAGCGACAUGUUUGCGAGUUUGUCAAUGUACCGCCAGCGUCUCGUGUUUAUCUCGGCAGUUAUUUUUAGUGGUCCUACUAGAUAAAAAGAAACAAUAGAACUGAGUUACUUGAAUCUAGUCUUUGCGUGUUUGGUCAUUAUCACUUCAUGACGUUUAAGUGAGGAAGAAAGGAAGCUGUACGAUGUUCCACUAGGCGAAAUGUCGGACGAAGCAGUGGCCAGGAGCAUCGACCGUCUCUUGCGUCUUUUAGUUCGUCUCAUCUCGGUGGGAAACGAGAAAAAUCAGGUGUCGUUCCGACGAAAGAAUAAUAAGUGAUUGGUCUUUUCAUAGAUGGUCCGCCAGAAGCCUUCGCACGGCUCAUCGAUUUCGGGUCACGAAGUGGUUUUCAACAUCGAGCUCCAGGUGGAUGACGAGGCUGAGGAACCUGUGCGCUGGAGGUCCCUCUACGCUAACUCUCACUCCACUGUCGGCGAACUGCGCGUCAGAAUCGCUAGCAGACUUUUCUUCGUUCGUUUUGAUUGGAAAUUCGUUAAAGGUUUAGCGCAAAAGUUGCGUCGUUUUGCUAGUAGUUUAUGUAUUUUUACAUGCAUUUUUAAAAUUUAUUUUUGUGUUAAGGAUAUUGGUAGAUCAGCUUUUUUCCGGCUAGCUCUAUGAACAAAAAGUUUCUGUUCCGAAAGUUGUUACCAUACGUGGGCAACCCCUCAAAAAGGCCCCCCGGUACUACCCCUUUUUUUGAGCAGACUUCCGGAACCCCACUCCCGCCCAGUUUCUCAAAGCGAAAAAAAACUUUUUUUUUUCUUUUUGGUUUGAAGAUUUCCUUGUUAUAAAAAGAUACAAAAGGUUUAGAAGAAAAGUAAAGCUCUCAAAAAAUGUUCUCCACCGAGUGGAAGCGAACCCGCUACCUGAUGAUUGUGAUGAGGCACCUUAUACCAUUAGGCCACUUGCACUCCUGCCGGGCUUCGAUGGCUGGCGGGCCCUGAGUCCGUUACCCUGUGUGUUUUUUUUGCCUCAGCUUUUGAAAAGAGAGGGAAAUAGAACAUCUUUCUGCAGGCGUGAUCUUCAAAACGAAACAAAGUGGGAAUAUGUAAAAUGAUGCGAGCAAUCUAAAAAAAUAACUGUGCAAUGGUGAAAAAAAGUGACUAUGCCAGAAAAGAUGGAAAUGGAAAAAAUUUUUUGUUGUCCAAAUUUUUUAAAAAUUCGUUUAUAGAUGAAAUAAAAUACGUAGAUAACGGGAAAAAUAAUAAACUUCUGAAAAAAUGAUUUGCUGCAAAAUGGGAGUUCCGGGAAGAUUUCAACCGAUUGAAAAUUUUUUUUCAAUCGGUUGAAUUUUUUUGAAAAAUGAGGGAGCUUUUCUAGAAAUAUGACGGGCAGCGUCAGCGUGGUUGAUUUAGUCAGGAUACAUCCACAGACCUUUCUGGAGAAGGUGUUUUUCGCGCCUGCUGAUCCGGGGGGUUUUUCACCCGUUCAAAAGCAUUGGAGCAACGGGUGAAAAACCCCUUGUGAGUACUUUCAGUGGGAGGAAUUUGAAAUAGCUCAGAACUCUUUCUUUAUCAUCCCAUUUCUCAGAUAUCAGGCAAAGUUUCAGUUCGAAAAUUCAUUCGAGUUUUUGGUCUACCGACGGGAUAAUGAGAUUACUUCGGAGAUUCAGUUGAAACAUGACUGGAUGACUCUGAAUCAGGUUUUUAUUGGCACUGGAGAAAUUUGAAUCAUUGAGUUCAGGUGAAACUUGCAAGUCGAUGCGAAUCCAUUUUCCAGAUCGAAAAAGUAAUUCUCAACAUUGUCACCAAACAAAAGUUGCUUCUUAAUUUUUAUGUGAUCUUAAUUUUCCAUUUUUUUUUCAGUGCAUUCAUGGUCAAGAAGCCAGUGUGUGACAGAAAACCGUUCCACGAGAAUUAUUUGCCUGCCGCCUUGGUACAAAGUUGCAAUGUAGGGUUUUAGAUUCCUUUCAAGACUCUGUUAUUGUUAUUUUUUUAAAUUUUAGUUUUACGACCUGAUCCAUGAGCUCUGUCUAAUCGAAAAUCCAAGUAUUCGUGCUUCGUGCCGAGAAUUGCUCCUCACAUUGCCCACGCAGGACUCUUUACUGGAAAUGCUUGGCUCCAAGGUGCGUGCUCAACUCUUUCAGUUCCAUUUUCUUGAUGAUUUGUAGAAGGAUUACUUGUCUCAAGAAGAUAGAGAACUGCAAAAAAACUUGGAAACUUUCAAAACGACGGUCCUCAACCCACGAGAGCCUUAUCGGAUGCUCUACGGAAUCGAGGUCUGUUUGUUCUGAAAUAUUCUGAUGUAUUCUGGUUUUCAUCUGAAAUUCAUUAGUUUUUGACAAUUCUAGGGUUUAAUGGAAAGGAUAAAAUACGUACGAAUGAAGAAACAAUUUGUAAAAAAUAGUUGAAUGAGUAAAUUAAAAUUAAAAUAAAACGCGAGGCCGUGUCGAGUCUUGAAAGUAUACGGCUUUUGAGUUGACUCUCAUCAACACAUUUGCCAAAAAGGCCGUCCAAUCGCGCUGUGGGAACCUGCUGCUUUGGAUCGUGAUUUUGAUUUCUACAGUUGUUGCAUUCGUGAUAUUUUCCGACUUUUCAAUCAAAUAUUUGUAGAAAAAGAUGAAGUUAGGAAAAAAUUUCGAAUUCAGAGUUCUUUUCUGUUUGUUUGACUGUCACAAGUACUUUGGGAUAAUAAUAGUUUAUUCACAGAUCAGUCUGAACCCCAGCGAGUUCAUUUCGAGAAAAAUUGAUGUAGAAAAAAAAAGUGAAGCAUAAAGUACAAAUUGAAAUCAGUUAAGUCUUGGAGGAAUAGAGGUGAAAGUUUCGUUGCGAGGUAAUAAAUUAAUAAUUUUUUUAAAGAGUUAGAGUGAAGGUUGAAAUUAUAUUCGGAUGUAAGUUUAUUCGUAAUAGGACUAGUUUUGAAGAAAAAGUUGUUAGAAAACUGACCUUGAGAACGUAGCUGAAGUGGAUUUUGCACUAAAAUUGAUCUAACCAGGGGAUGGUCUCCGGUCGCAGUGGGACUUCUCAAUGAGACCAAUUUUUCCAGAUGUAGUUUUUCACGCUGAUCUCAAAUCUGGUCUCAAAAACUGCCGAGGAGCUCUGUGAAAAAAGUUAUGAACCCUCAAAAGUCGAAAAUUUCAGUGUUUCCGAUUGAGCUCAUUUUUUAAGGGUCUGUCCCUCUGGUCACGAAGAACUAUCAAGUUUUUCCAUUUCCUCGAGUUGAGGAAAGUGAUCAUGACCAGAGACAAUCUUGUGAAGAGUGAUGAGAUCAGAAAUAACUCGUCUAAUGUAAAGCGGGGUUUGCUGAAAUGGCUCUAGACGAUCUGAAUAGGUAUCAAAGGAAAGGUUCGACCGAAAGUCAAUUUUACGUAAAGUUUUUUUUUCACUUCGAGCUGUAAACAAUGGGGCAGCUUUAUCCAAACUUUAUCACAAUUUGGAAAAGAAUUUUAUAGGAGAAAAAAAGAAAAUCAAUGUGUCACUAAGAAACUAGUCAGUGAAAUCGAAAAAACUUUGAAUACCAAAAUGUCUAAUUUUCAAGGCUAUGGCUUCCAUUGUUUCCCCCACGCGACUCACCGGAAAGUCGUUGAUCCUCGCGAGCAGGCUGUCCUCGGCAAUUGCUGACACUGACGUCCACGUCGCUCUCAUGGACAUCUUCCGUCAGCCUCACACCGUUCCGACCAUCUCCUCUCAUGACAGGCAUUUGAUUUUUGAACGCGUUCUGCAAAUUCUGAGGUUUGCAACCCUUCUCCUUUUACUUAACAAAAAAGGUUACAGAAUCGUGUUUGUUCAAAACGGCAACGCCAUGAGAACGCUGUGCGACGAGCGCGAAGUUCAGUCUGAUAUGGGAAAGUACGGAUCGAGGAUGACAGGCGCUAGCGGAAUUCGGGCGCUUCUGGAGAGCACCGGCGACUUUUCGCCAAUCAACCUCCCGACCCUUCCCGGUGACGAGCCGCGCGGAGAACUCGAGAACAAUCCCAACUUGUGUCUUCAACCCGACGUCAUGCAUUUCCAAAUGUUUGUGUUCAUUUCCCUAUCAGAGGUAGAAAAGAGCGAAAAUAUUUUCCGACUACUUCCAAUAGCUUACUAAAAACAACAACGUGACGGUAGAUAUAUUUCUUUUAUUUUUUUGAUAACUAUUUUUUUCUAAAUUUAUUUCUUGCUAAACCGAUUCAAAAAAAAAGAAGCUAAUUCUGAGUUAUAUAAGUUCUCAUUAAAAAAACCAAACAAAAAAUAACUUAUUAGGAUCUGAACAACAUCCGGAAGUAUUCAUCAAAUCUAGCUACUGCAUAGUCUGUUUUUCCAUUUGGCGUUUUUUUCAACCCCUUUCUUGCACCAAUGGCGAUAGAUAGGGAAUAGACGGUGAACGAAACGGUUUGGGGCGAUAAUUUCAUUCGCAUUCAAUAAAAAGCUGAGCGGUUUGAAAAUUCGGAACACUUUUCUAUCUUUCUUUCGAAAUACAUCUUCCAAUGUUUCAAGUUUUUUAUUUUAUUCGCUAUGGAAAGAAUGCUUUCAGAAAUGCGAACAUCAGGAAUUUAGUUUUAUAGUGUUUUUUUUUUGUUGAAUGUAAAACUGAAUCCAUUUGAAGCUUCAUUAUCGACUAAAAAAUGGUGUAGGAGAAACCCAGAAAUUUUAUCAGCAAGAGCGCAACUUGAAUGGAUAACAGCCGAGGCCUUAUUUUCCAAUCAAUCAAUUAAUCAAACCACAUCUAUUUUUGAAUUUUGGAAAAGUUUCCUGCCGCAAGUCAUCUUAUAUCUUCUGAAUUUUUUUUAUACGAGAUCACCGCGUUCAAAAACUAUCUCUUCAUAAAUUGAUAAACAUACGAGCCUUGAAAAAACGCCGAAGUAAUCUAGUAUACACGUUAUUUUUCGCACAAAAAAUUCUUCACACGAGUGGUCGGCUAUUUUUUACUACUCAAGCUCGAAAUCUAUUUAAAAAAUGACCGACGCAAUCAUUUUCAUUUCAGGGAAGACACAAAGGUUGUCGUCAAGUGGAACUUUGAUCAGUGUUUCGGAAUUCUGUCGGAGAUCAGGGAUUUCAUCUGGAUUUGCGUCGCAAAGUCCUCCGAUCAGUCGGCGGCACUCGUUCCCUACGUUAGUGAGCAAGAAGUUUUGGCCGGGAACAACGUGACAACCGCUAGUUCUAUGAUUCGUGCGGAAAAUGAUCGCAGUUUUCUAUCCUCAAACAAUCAAAUUUCAAUUUUUUUUUUCUAAGGAACCGACGUUUAUUGUUUCCCGAUCGUCCGAGAGCUGCUUACUCUGAUGUUUCAAAUCGCUCAUAAAUGGAUCGUUGAAAAUCAAGCUGCCACAAAAAAAAACUUGCCCGUGCACAUUUUCUUGCAUCCGGCCUGGGGUAACUUCUAUGAGGAUCUUCUCGUCAACACUGCGACCGCUGAUGUAACGUUUUCUUCGUUUAAGAAAAGAUAAUGAGCAGUUGGCAAUUUAGAACUUGAUAAAAACAUUUCUAAAAAAAAAUUUUGAUUGAUGUGGAUGGAGAAUGAACAGUUAGGGAAUUGUCUGGAGUGAACGUAGCAGAUCUGGUGCAAACUUCUGUGGUAGGAAUCCCUGACUAUGAGUAAUCAAAAAAAAAAAGUUAUCUGCUAAGCGUCAUAGGGUUCACAAAAAUAGCCCGAAGAAAAUGUACAGGGAAUGCCUGAAAGCUGUUUUUUCGAAAGUUUAAAAGUGAAAAAGUUUUUUUAGGAGGACACAAAAAAAUAAUAUUCUCAAAUAUUCAUACUUAAGACUACCCGUCACAUAAGUUUGGACCAGACAUUCGUUGUUCACUUCAGGAACUUCUCUCGUAAAUUACGGAGCCUUUCAACUGAUUUUUCUCUUGUAAUAUUAUCAUUUUUUUUCCUUUUUCAGUUUCGAACUUCUAUGCAUGAAGCGCUGGUGAUAUUUGCAAAGGAUUCAAUCGAAGUGCGUCAUUAUAUCUUGCGGAUGCUUCUUGAACUCGUCGCGAAAAAGCUUCCAUUUGAAAAUAAUAGAACUCGCGACCUUGGUGAGCAGACUUCAGAAUUAUUGAAACAAUGGGAAGCAAUAGAACCUUUGAAAUCUUCUCCUCUUUUUUUUUACUUUGAAGGUCAGCUUUUUUCUGGCAGUUAGAUUACAUUCAGAGCCUACAUUAUAAAACUGGCGAAGAAACCUCUUUGUAUCCGAAAACUGCCUUCAGGCUGCCUGCAACGGCGACAAAGACAAAAUUCGCUGGAAAUCGUGGCGACCAUCACAGAUUGUUUGGUGCCACGUGAGAAGAGCGUGGAAAUCAAGAUCGAAUGGAGCCAAGUCGGACCGCAGCCUCUUUCUGUAUUCUUUACGUCGUUUAUCUCGUUUUUAACCACUAUUUUACAGAUCGUCAACGCCCAAAUGGAGAGUUUCAUGGAGUUUCCGCCGUUUUUCGGCAACACUCCUGAAUCCUUCAUCGAUGAACAGUAUGCGGCCGCUAAAAUGAAGGUCCUUCUUUCUCAAACUUUGAGCUUUGUUUUAAUACCAAAAUUUAUUUUAGUUUCAUAGUUUAAGGUGUAAUAUUUGACUUUUCAUAUAUUUUUUUGCUUCUGUAAAGUACUAUAGAAGUUAGGAUCAAUCGAAGAACGACUCUGUAACUUUAUUAUUGGAAAAAAAGGAGAGCGAGCUUCGUUUAUUCACGGAAUGACUUGCAAAAAUUAAUUCUCCCUUUUUUUCCUUUUAAAAAAAUUUUUAAGAUCGAGCGGGAAUAUAAAAAAUUGGUUUCAUUGCUUUAACUCUCACGCAUUUUUCUUUUAAAUAACAUAAUUUUUUUAAUUCAGGGCACUUGUUCAUCUUUAUUCAUCUUGGUUAAAUUUUUCCGCUUUAAUGUUUUUUUUUGUUCCAAAAUAAAAAGUAAAAAAAACGUCUUUCUUUAAGCUGAUCAGUACUCUGCUAUUUUGCUGCCACCUGGAAGCCAAUGAAACAUGUGACCGAUUCCUCGACUUUGUCUUCACAAAGUUCUUGUUUCCCUAUACGGCGGUCACCAGAAGGUUUGCCACAACGUGUUCGGAAAUAUUUCCAACCUUCCGAAUGAGUAGAAACGAGACAGUUCACGAAUCGCUGCGAUGGGAAGGCCAUUGCCGCGAACAGGCCAUCAACGCCUUGAACAUUUUGUGCGGUCGCAACUACAAAUACAUGGACAGGAUAAUGCACUUCAUGGAGAACAACCAGAACCUCGCCAGGAAAUACGACUCCAACUAUCGAGUAUGGCUUCGAUCUGAGCGAUUGAGAGCGUAUAACUGUUUUCAAUGAGUCGAAACAAAAAUUAAAACAAUGUUCAGUGCUCCAUGACUUACCAUGAAACUUGUCUUUAAACGUAUAUUGGCAAUAAAAAACGGGGUUUAAAGUGAAAACAGUAUCUUGUAAAGCUUUUCAUUGCUCAUCGACCUUUAAAAAAUAAAAGAUAUGGGAAGAAAAUAAGCUUACUAAAUCAUGAUCAAAUUUCUAUUUUUGUGAUUCAAGCUGUUAAUGAAAACGAAAGACGUCUCAUGUAUGAUCUCAGUUUUUCCCGAAUUAUCAUGAGUUUCAAGGAUAGUUUUCUUAUGCGCCACCAUUAUCAGCACAACUCUCAACUUAAAAUUUAUGAAUUGUUUGAGUAAAGUGAAAAGAAUAGUUUCGGUUAGUGAGAUUUUUCAGAAAUCUCAGUGUAUCACAUCAAAAGUUCUUAACGAUUAUUUGAUUUUUUUACCCCUAAAUCGAAAAUUAUCAGCUUUUUUUGUAGGCUAUAACCCGCUCACGACUACACGACCAAGUUGGAAUGAAGAACGAUGGCGGUACCUGCUACAUGAACGCGAUCAUUCAGCAGCUGGCACACGUUCCUGGACUCGCCGCCCAAUGGGUCUCCAUGCAAUACAUCGACCCUUCGCUCACCUGGGGCGAAGACACCGCGUGAGCUCUUACAAAGAAUAGGAAAAAACGGAAAUCUGAGAGAAACUAUGGCUUAAAACUUUUUUUGAUCUUCUUUUUGUAACAGAUUAGAUUAGUAUUAAAGAGGGGGGUUUUUAGCAGAUAGAAAAUAGGAAGUCGGAGCGUUCUGGCUGUCCAGCUUUGAAUUUCAAGUACUUCACAAGGGAGCUCAUUUUACUUUGCUCAACUUGAGGAAGUUGUGCAGGUUGCGACUCUCAGUAUCUUCUUUUGGUACAUCAAGGAGCGUUCUAGCAAAUUUUCAGGAAAUUCAGAACCGCAAAGUAAAAUGGGCUCCCCUGUCAGAGCGAUUAAGUUAUUCAUCGAACUAGUGAGGAAUCGAGCCCGACAGUGUUUAAAAAACUUAGCCCCUUUUUUCGUAUCUGAUAAAAUCGCACAGAAAACCGAUAAUUCAUUAGCUAUCGGAAAAAGCUUUAUUUUUGAGCUGAGCUUGAUUUGCGGAUAGAUUUAAAGUAUUUUCAACAGUUUGUUUUUCAUGUCACUGCGCUUUUGUGCGAGUCGCUAGAAAGCGGACAAAGGGAAUCAUAUUGUCGAGGACAACAUCAUUUUUAGAGCCCUCGUCGUGGAAAUGCAGAAAGUCCUCGCACUGCUGCUUUUCUCGAAGGCGCAGGCCUGUGUGCCUCAAGGCCUGUGGAAAGUGUUCCGAUUCGAGCCAGACGUGCCUCUCAACACGAAACAACACCAUGACGCCAUCGAUUUCUACAGCGUUUUGUUGGACCGUUGCGAUAAUGUUAUGCAGGUUUCCACGGCUCUCCAUGUGUUUCCCACUCACAGAACAUUGUCUUUCCAGAAACUCAAUCGACCGCCUCUCUUUCAUAACAGGUUUUUCGGCAAGUAUAGCUAUGAGAAAAUCUGCUACGGCUGCUGGCACAGGUUCACUCUCCGCCCGUGUCGUAAUCGAACUUUUCUCGCAGGUACAUUAGCCCGGAUGAAGAAUUCAACUGUCUCUCGUUGGCGUUACAUGGCGACUCUCUGGAGGAGGCGCUAGAGAACUUCCUUGAUGCUCAUGUCAUGGAAGGAGACAAUGCCUAUAAUUGCGAAAAGUGUUCGGAAAAGGUUAGUCAGAACGGCUUUUUCAUUAGCCAAAAUCCGAAAACUAUAUGUUAAUAAAAACUUUCCCCAAAAGCUUUUUAGUCCUAAAUACCGUUCAAAUUCAGCGAUGGAAAAUUUUUCAAAUUUUGACACAUAAUUAUUGUCGGUCUAAUUCUUUGGCAUUUUGUAAAAUAUUUAGCAAAGGUGCCGAAAAUUCGAGAAUAAUCUAUGUAAUGAUUUUUCAACGACGAGAAAUUUAUUGAACGGAAGUUCAUCCUACAAAAAAACAUUUUUUUAAGUUCAAAUAUUGAACGUCUUUUUUUGAGUUCGAGAAGUAAGAAAAAUCUUUCAGUUUGAAAUGAAUAACCCGUUUAAACCUAAAAAUUAUAUAUAUAAGAGAAAAAAAUACACCUGAAAAAGUUAGGGAAACGCAAGAUAAAGUGACUUUAAAAAUUAUUAUUUUUUUCUAGCCAAAGAUUGCUUGAAAAAAAGACUUAUCGGAACUAGAAUAACUUUUUACAGAAAACUACUUUAAACCGAACGUCUUUCCGGGAAUUGCCGUCAACGCUCUCGAUUCAGUUGAAACGGUUUACCUACGACGUUGUGAACAACCAGAUCAAGAAGGAUAAUCAGUUUUUCAAGGUACACUGGAAAGACGAAAACAGUAAGCCAUCUUAUCUUUUGCAGUUCCCAAUGCGCGUCGACAUGUCUCCUUACAUGACAGAGUCUCGAAUAGUUCCUGACGAACAUGUCAAAGAUCUGUUCGACGACGUCCUCAACUUCAACAACGAAUCAGUUGUCUGCAGUCCUGGUUUGAUAGAUUUCUUCGUGACGAAGAGCUUUUCCGAAGAUGAUUAGUCGCCUAGACGUUGUCAAACUUUUCCAACAACGAAAACGUUUCAGUGUGAAGCUUGGAGUUUCGCUAUUUCAUAUAACAUAAUUUGAAGAGGGAACCUUUAUUUUUUGUCAUUUUGCUUCCUCUAUACCGACCUUAUAGUUUCAUACUGUAGAGUUUCAUACCUUAUAGUUCCAUAUUUGCGAGCGUCUAAUUUUCAAGACAUGUUUUUUAACAAUUCGCGUUCAAAGUAUAACAAGGCCUGAUAAAAAUUUUUUAAGGCGUUGAAAAUCAAUGUCUUUAAAACAAUAAUUCGGCGCAAGCCAUUCUCGGAGAUUUCCAUCUAGACUUACGGAAAACGUUCGAGCAAAUUUUGCAGAAAUUCCAAAAAUCACCCCAAAAUUACUUUCCUUGUAAGCUUUCUUAUUUGCAGAUCCGACGUCAUCGCCCGAGCAUCUGCCGUCUCCGGCGGCGAACGGCAACGUUGCUGGACAGUCGCCGCAGAAGAAGCUGCGACGCCACAGAUCGUCGACGAUGCGACUCUCUCAGUCGCUGGGAUCGAACGACGCCCCCGUGCCGCAGUCUUACCUCUACGACUUGGUCGGCGUCUUGGCCCACAGCGGCAUUGCCACUGCUGGCCACUACUAUUCGUUUAUCAAGGAGCGCAGGUGCGGCUUUUUCAAAACGCUAUGGAAGGGGUAAUAUAGCUUGACUACGGAUUUUUGGACCAAAAGGAAUCUCAUUCAUUUUAUUAAGUUUAAAGAAAGAAAACCGAGUUCAAAUCAGGGCUGUGCGAGAUCUCGUCUCGAUGAGAAAAUCACUUGCCUUGUCUCGUCUCGAAUUAGCGGUGGUAUGAAAAAAAGGCAGCGAACUUUCGCUGGUCUUUUUUUCAUACCGACGCUCAUACAUUGAAAUUUUUCUCACUUGUACGUUCAAAGUCAUGAAGCGGAUUUAGUUUUCCAAGAAAAUUCAUUUUACUUCGCACCCAUGAAGUUCUUUGAAACAGAAAAAUCUCCAACGCUUUUUGGUAUACAUUAGAGGAAGAAUUUGAAAGUUUCAGACUGCUUAGUUCUCUCGUUUUUGUAAAAGUUGUUUGAAACUAUUGAAAUGGAACACCGUUAAAAUAAAUUCUCUAUAGAGACCAAGUCUUUUUGAUCUUUCCAGCACUGAACGUGUUUCUUUUUAACAAAGAAUCAAUGAUUUUUUAGUCCAUUUUUGGGCUUUAUCUUGAAAUUUGGACUUUAUUAAACUUUCUACGAGAUUUGAACAUAUAAAAAAAUGUGGAAAGUGGAGAAUGGGUUUAAGAAACUGAAAAGAAGCUUAAAUUAGUUAAAAUUUAAAACAAAAAAUUGAUUGAAUUUUUUUUUUCCAGAGAAGAAAUGAAGGACUCUCCUUCUUAUGGAAAGUGGUACCAAAUCAACGACACUCUCGUCUCGCCGUUGCUGCCGGAUUCAAUUGCUGAUCUCUGGUUUGGAGGAACUUUCUGCAACGAAACUGGUUAUCUUAAAUCGUCCUUCCAUCAUUCACCGUUCUUCUCAGGCUUCAACGAUUUGCCCGAUGAACGGAUCCGCCACUGGAAUGCCUAUGUACUCUUCUACGAACGCGUCGAAAAUGGUCCGGUCUUUUGAAAAUACUCCAUUCGAAUAAAAUGUUCCUUUAGUUCCUCCGCCGAUCGAUAACGAAACAGAAGACUCGCUCAACUCGCUGACAGAGGAAUCUUUGAGCUCUCUGACCUUUGACGGCAACGAGAUCGUCAUAAAGACGUCGAAUGAUAGGUUUCAAGCGGCUCUAUUGGAAUUUCUGAAAAGUUAUUUCGCAGCAACGAAGACGGAUCGUGCAGGAAAAUGAGGCAAAUCUACGAGUCUAUGACGGAAGGCCUGAGGCUUUUUGUCGAGUCAGAGAACUUCAAGUUCUGCAAGGUAAGCAGUCGAUAGAAUAGAUAAAAGUAGUGAAGUUCAAAGAUGAAUUUGUUUUUCUUCUUCUUAGUACCUGUUCUCAACUUUUCGGGAAUUCCUAUUCAGUUGAUAAAUUGUACGUGUAUUACAUAUAUUAAUCUUUUAAGAAAAAUGUAGAAAGAGCCAGGAAAAAAAAGUUUAUUGAUAGCUUUAUGAUAUUCCGAAUCCAGUUUUAAUUUUUUUUUUUUAACUUGUGAGAAGAAACGAAAACUCCUUUAUUUAUUCUAACAACAUAACGAAAGUCUUUUAAGACUUGAAGUUUAAAAAAUUUGAUCUCAUUUUCCGUUAAACCUUUAUCAUACGUGGGGAAUUGAAAAACCGCGAGAAGGAGUUGACUUACAAAACAAAUUUUAAAAAAAAAUGAGGAAAAUGUCUACCAAUAUGACCUUGAUAAAUGCAUUGCACUGUCUUGAUCAAACAUUCUCUUUCAUUUUUAGGAGCGCGACUUUUUUUCAACGGAUUACUACAAUGUUUUCGUUGGGCCCUGCGUUGAAUUGCUGAAAAACGACGCGCUUGCCUACACUCUCGACUAUUCGCAGAAACAGUUCUACCAACAAGCGUUCACUGUGAGUUUCAUUCCUCUAUCCGCAGAAGGAAAUAUCAUUAUAUUGAUUGUUUUUUUUUUUUCACAUUCAUUUAACGAAACUGAAUAUCUGAAUUCAAGUUUGAAGAAAAGUCGGAAUUUUUGUAGAUAGAUUAUUUUUUUCUAUAUCUGAGGGAAUUCAGCUUGGAUUCGAGUACAUUGCUUACGUGGCUUGGCAAGUUUUUGACGAUGUCCGGCCUCCGAAUUUCCCGCGAAAUUCUGUCGAACUUCUGAAGAGUUUGAUGGCCCGGUGCCACGAGACUAGGGAGCAGUUCUUCAUCACCAUCGCCGAAAAUGAGUUUGAGGUAAAUUAUUUUUUAGGUGGACCACUAGCUUUUGCGAAUUUAACAGAAAAAAAAAAUCAUGAAUCAAAAUCGAAAAUCGGAAAGCAGUGCUUUUAGACCGCUUAUGUAAAAAAUUCAUUUGCAACGGCUGGAAAAUUUCAAAAGACGUAAAAUAACCCUAAAAUAUAUCUUCCAAAAAAAAUUUUUUUUUUAGCUUCUCAAUCGACUCGUCGAAGUCACUGAACCAGACGUAAGAAGCGCAUUCUGGCAGUGUCUUAAGUUUGGACUCACGAAAUGGAUGACACACUGUCAGUACGCGAGCCGCUCGCAACUGCAGGACAGCUCUGAAAGCAGCGAAGAUGAAGACGAGGAAGAGGAUUUGGACGACGAGACGGACAGCGAUGAGGAAUUCGAAGACAUCAGCUACCGACCUGGUGCCCGCAUCAGCCGCUCCAUUUCGGAGCACAACAUCAACCGGUCGAUCGUCGUCAACGAGGCGGUGCGCGGCAUCGUCCGACGUCUUCUUCACUUCUUCCCGUGAGUCCGACGUCGAUUUGGGGCCACGCCAAGUUUUGUAUGUUGUUAUAGUUGGCGUACCUGGGAUAGUCGCUCGAUUACAAUUUUAACGCUCAGAUUAUUUUUGAUAAAUCUGGAGUAUGAACCAUGUCGAAAUAAGAAAAAAAGAAGUACUUAAUUAAACCAAGCAGUGUUCCAAUAAGUCUUAAAAAGUAUUUUUUGCGGGAAGUUGGUCGAAAAAUUCCUGAUUUCUGAAAGAAAAGCUCUUUUGGAAAAGAAAAAAUACACAUUUUUCAUCUCGCAAGUUAUUUUCUGUGCUAUUUUGUGAGUCGAUGGCGAAACCUCAAAGUGUUAUCCUACAUGUUAGGUUUCUAGACUUCCAUUAAUUUUCUUGAAAGGUGAAGGUUAAAAAAGAGUGUCGACAUUUGUUUGUCGAGAGAAAAUGUAGAGAUUAAUUUUAUACCUAGUUUAUUUUGGCGAUUUUUUAAAAAUUUUUCUUUCUGUAGUGUGAAUCGGAUCGAAUACAUCGGGAAGCACACGGCUAGACUGGCGGUCGAUUGCUUGUUUGCUAUCGCGCGAGGCAGUGCUUUCGGUAAUCGCUUCCUAGAAUCGGCUCGUGUCGUGGAAAUCGCUGGAGACGUUCUCCUGGAGGCUCUUCGUUCGACGCAGUUCUCUCAGGUACGAGAUCUACGCGACAAAGAAAAUAAUAUAGCUGAUUCACGGCUAGCUUGAGACGCGAAGGGGGCGUGUCCUGUCUGCGCUCUCCACGAGCCAGGCGCUAUGUCGUGCAAUAUCGUUUCAGGACCCUUUUUUCGAUGGCUCAAGCCAGCCGUGAAUCAGCUGUAGAAGAAUUAGGAAGGUUUGAAAACAUUUCAACUUUUGAAGCUCUAUCUGAACCCAUUAAUGAAUUUUGGUUUAAAAAAUAGAUUUUGAAGCCUUACCCUCGAUUCCGCGCACCGGAAAUGCGACUGAAGUCGCUGGGCUUGUGGCCGAACCUACCUUCGCUUUUCGUCGAACUCCUCUCCUCAGGACUCGACAGUGCUCGAGAUCCCGAAAUCAGCUUCUUUAUGAACGUUCCUAACAGUGCUAUGUAAGGAUUUUCGCCAGCAUUCCAUCGUUUAAUCAUAAUAUUUCAGAUUCAUGACGUCUCUCUUCAUCACGGCAAAAAUGGAGGCCGACCGCUACACAGAUGUCGAAAAAACUAGCGAAGAAUGUCGCCAUAUUCAACGAUGCGUCAUUGAUUGCUUCGCUCAGCAGAUUUCCAACCUUCAUGUACCUGGAAACGAACGGUUUUGCAGCGGAUAUAUCAUUGAUAUUUCCCAAACGGUCCUCAAGGUUUGGUCGUUUUGGACAGUUUAGUAAGCUAAAGCCGAAGACUUAAAGUAACAGAGGAAUGAUAGGUUUUCAUAUCAAAAGAGAAAAAAAGGUUUAAAUUCAAAAAAAAAAAAACAGAAAAAAACACUCUGAAAAAAAGUGGUGUGAAGACUGACUAGUUUAGGUGGGAAGAUUAUCAAUUUAUUACAUUUAGCCUCUUUUUACAAUAGCUGUUCAAAAAGGCACAUUUUGGCUAGUCAUUCUGUUCGAUUCGAUUUUUCAGGAAAUGACGAAUCCUCCCGGUCUGCCGAUGCCUUACGAAGAACACUGGAUGUACUUGGUUCAAUUGAUGAUAUGCGUCAGUUUCAUCGCUUCUUUCUGACUUUACGAGGGGGUGAUGAAGAGAGAGAUGCGUGGUUUUGCAAUCAAUGAGCAAAAAUAUGAAGUUUUUUUUCUCAAUGAAACGGUGAUAGCGCGAGAUUUCAUAAGCUUUUUAUCAACUUUUCUUUUUAAGACGAAUCAAACUUUUCAGAAAAUAGCGAGUGACAGUUCUCUUUAACAUCAAAAGUAACAAGUGCAAUAGUGGACGCAACUAAGUUGGGUAUGCGUCUAUCAUGAAAGAACUGUCGUCACCCUCUGGUGAAGUGCGAAAAACUCUGCCCCGUGUUCUUGUAUCCCGGGUACGAGUCCGCUAACCGUCGAUGAUGAUUCGUUAUAGUGAAUGAUAUAGCGUCUUGCAACUUAAUCUUGCGCUUCUAAAGUUGAGAACAUCUCAGUUGAUGGAAAUUAUUUCCUCUCAAGACGCUAAGAACACUUACGAUGCUUUAGAGAGGUCGCAGAGAAUGUUUCAGCGAUGUUGAAAGGCGCGUCGUUACAUUUCUAAAGUUUGUCCACUGUGAUUACUAAAAGGCGAAUCUGAGACUUAUUUUUAAAACUUCAUAACAAAGGAAGGUUUCAGAAUUUUGCGAUCAUUCUUUGAUUUCCUUCAAUUUUCAUUCUGCGGGUUGGAUACUUUGUUAAACGUAGGCCCCUUGAAAAAAAUAAAUCUUCAAGAUUGAGGAAGAUUUUAUUUCGAAAAGAAGUCGGAAAACCUCCUUUAUACUGAAACUAUCGGCCUUUUAAAAAGUUCGCUCGGAAAACGACUAUAUUUUAUUGACUUCAUUUAUCAUGAUUUUUUAGGAACGACAGAAUAAUUUUCCCAUUGAUCCUAUCUUGAUUUUAUAGGUUGGUUCAAAGUUGAUUUCGCUCGGUCACCUUGACCUAGCCCUCCAACUAAUCGAAGGAAUCCUGGAUCCUGGCGACAUUUACUUGAGGAACAAGGUUUUUUGGAUUCCCAUCCGAUCAAUAAGAAUUUAAUUGACCUUAGGGGAUUCAUCCGGGUAUUUUGUUCUACGUCGGCAAGCUGCUCAAAGGGAACGAUGUUUCUCGUGCAGCAAAGCUUUUCGAAUGUGUCAACCAGAUCCGCACGUGCCGAAUUCCAGAGUAGCUUUUUUCCAUGGAAACUGCGUAUUAUUGGAUUUGAGAUUUGCCAUCAUGCCGCUCCAUUAUCGUCCCCGUCAUCCAAAGGUCUUCGAAAUGUUCCUGAUUGGCGAAGAAGAAGCUUACGACGAUGCGCUUCUGGAGCAGGCCGCCAUUUCUGAUGACGACAAAAUUCUAGAUCAAAUGGAGCUGGCCACUGAUAGUGAACAGAAGUCUGAUAACAACGCGGCGUCAACAAUCGAACUCGAGGAUUCGUCAGUUUUCAUUUUGAUUUUUUGCUUCCAUCUAAAUUGACUUCUCUCGUCCUUUGCUCUUUCUUUCACGUCAGGCACAGAGAACGAAUUGAAAAAAAAAAUAAUGGCAUUUCAGACCGUUGGCGACAGCGACGGUUGUCAAGAGCAGCGAGAUCGACUUAGCGAGGGAUUUGCUGCCAAAAGAGAAUGACGAUUUGGGGUGAUUCAGCUUUUCGGGAUUAAUUUCUUCAUUAGAUCCUUUUUCAGAAUCAAAAGACCCACUAUUGUGCAACAUGAUAGCGCUUCAAAGAAGCCUCGCAACCAGUUAUAA